CUAUCAUUCAAACAUCCUUUCAUAACCAAAAAGAAACCCUACGUUUUCAGAUAGUUGUACGUGUGGAUUAUUUUUGCUUUCACUCCAAUCAUGGCUGACAAUGUUGUUCACCAUCAUUCCACAAAGACCGAGGAGCAAUGUGAAGAGAAAGCGAACCACGGUUUGUUUGAUUGUUUUGGUAAGAAAGAUGAAACCAAGAAGUGUGUAGAGACUGAGUGCAAAGAUGAGAAAAACGAAAGCUUGUUGGCGAAACUUCACAUAACCGAUAGCAGUUCCAGUUCGAGUGACGAGGAAUGUGAAGAUGGAGAGAAGAAGAAAAAGAAGGACAAAACUUUGAAGGAAACGGUUGAAAAGAAAAUUGAAGAAGAAAAGGUGAAGAUGAAUGUGAAGAUCGAAGAGGUAAGAGAGAAAGCCUUGGAGCUCAAAGAGAAAACCGUUGAGAAGAUUGAAGAGGGAAAAAAGAAUGUAGAAGAGUUGAAAGAGAAAACCAUGGAGAAAAUUGAAGAGUACAAGGAGAAGAAAGAAGAGAAAAAUGACAACGCACACAAGGGGAACACAUUUGUCCCCACUGUGAAGUACGAUGAAGUGGUGGUGGUGCCACCAUCAUCAGAUGUUCACGCACCACCACCACCAUCUUGUGAAGUUGUUGUUCUCCCACCAGAGCCAACUAGUGAAACCGAAGAGAAAAAAGGGUUCAUUGAGAAGAUCAAGGACAAACUCCCCGGUGGUCACAAGAAAGCGGAAGAUGAACACACCGCUCCUCCACCACCACCACUGGUGGCAACGCCAAAUGCUGAUCAUGAGGUUGAUGAUAAUGAGCCCAAGGAGAAAAAGGGAAUUCUUGAAAUGAUCAAAGAAAAGCUUCCAGGAUAUCAUUCAAAGAGUGAAGAGGAGAAAAAGGAAAAGGAGUGCGACAAUUAAAGCCUAGGAAAAAUGAGUUGUUGGUUUGAUUUUCUUUAGAUUUGUGAAUGUUUAUUGCUUUUUAAGUUAUUGUUGUUUUUAAAUAAUUAAGUAGCCUUUCAUGUUCUAGCUGGGGUAGGGGUACUGUUGAAUUUCAUGUAGUUAAUUCUAUCAUAUCAAUAUUAUGAUCGUGAAUCGAAAACCGUAA